GCUAACUGUCAACAAUCCAACCAUUUCCGUGUCCGUGUCCAUGUCGUGGCCAAACCCAGAAGUGGGCCCCACUGAUCUCUACCUUAACGCAAACUAUGAAAAACUCCUCACUUCCCUCCCACUCUCUCGACCACCACCGCAACUCAACCCUCACCUGCUCAUUACUUUCUCACAUCUUAUCCAAAUCUGAUGGAUUUUUUCAGACAAGACACAUCCGAUGCUUCUUCUUCAGAGGGAAGCUCGUUGAGCGGCGACGAGCAGAUGUUGUUAUUGGCGUCGGAGAGACCCAAGAAGCGAGCGGGACGGAGGGUUUUCAGGGAGACGAGGCAUUCCGUGUACAGAGGAGUGCGACGGAGGCACAACGACAAGUGGGUUUGCGAGGUUCGUGUGCCGAAUGAUAAGACGAGGAUUCGGCUUGGAACAUAUUCCACGGCGGAGAUGGUCGCUCGUGCUCAUGACGUGGCGGCGCUAGCUCUUCGUGGGAAGUCGGCUUGCCUUAAUUUCGCCGACUGGUCUUGGCGUUUGCCUCUGCCAGAAUCAACCAAUGCGGCGGAGAUUAGGCGAGUGGCCGCUCUCACUGCUCAGGAAUUCGGUCGGAGUAGUAGUGCUGAUGAUGUUGAAUUUUGCAUCAGUUGCAGCAGUGCGACGGUUGACGACGAAACCAUCGUAGAUGCGUCGCCGUGGAAUGCCAUGCAGGAUUACUGUGAAGAAGAAGCGAUAUACAUGCAUCAAACUCCGGCGGCGUCAACGGAGUUUGACGAGCUCCGUCAUUUGUUGAUGAGCAUGGCGGAGUAGCCUCUCCGAUCGCCACCCUCUUUUAGACCAUAUGGUUGGAGCUGGAAUGACGUGGAGAUUGAAACUGAGGUCUCACUGUGGCAGUAUUGAGAGCUCGAGGCGUUGCUCGUUCGACUUACUGUAACAUGUUAGCUUGUGACACGCGCAUACAUGUCUCUUGAUUUUCAUUAUUAUCUUGAUUUUUCUUUUUUUAAAAAGGGACAAAAGUUAUUUGUUUUUUACUCCCUAGUGACGAACUCACAAAAAUUAAUUUGGGGCGACAAAAUUUGCACAUAAGAUCAUUAAGGUUGUCGAAUUGGAGAGUUUAAGUAAAUUCAUUACAGAGAUAUAAAUUUAAAACAUAAACUCAUAAAAAUUUAUAUCUAUUAAUAAAUAGUCUUUGAAAGUAUAUAAUAAAAUAAUUAAAAUAUAAAAUAUUAUCAUAAUUUAAUUUAAAUAUAUUUUAAAUAUAUAUUCCUGAAAUUAAAUUCAUCUACAUUUAUAGAUUAUUAUACUCAAUACAAAUAUUUCAAAAUAUAUAGGGCAACUUCUUUUUUUUGUAUUUUUCUUGUUUUUUAAUAUUAUUUUUUGUUUUUAUUUUUUCAUUAAACCGGUUC